UUCUCUGUCUAUAAAUACACGAGGUGUCGGCCCAAUAAAUCUCCCUCUUUCUCUCUCCUCUCUCUACACCGUCGCGUAGAGCUCCCACGCCAGCUCUAUCCCUCCCUUUCAUGGCGGCGUCCCAGGCGAGCCUUCUGCUUCAGAAACAGCUCAAGGAUCUUUGCAAGAACCCAGUAGACGGGUUCUCGGCCGGUCUGGUCGAUGAAAACAAUAUCUUUGAGUGGAGCGUCACGAUUAUCGGACCGCCCGAUACGCUAUAUGAAGGGGGAUUCUUCAAUGCCAUCAUGAGCUUUCCUAAUAAUUAUCCGAACAGCCCUCCGACGGUUAAGUUUACUUCAGAUAUAUGGCAUCCCAACGUCUAUCCUGAUGGCCGUGUUUGCAUAUCAAUUCUUCAUCCUCCUGGUGAGGAUCCAAAUGGUUAUGAGCUUGCAAGUGAGCGCUGGACGCCUGUCCAUACGGUUGAAAGCAUAGUUUUGAGUAUAAUAUCAAUGCUAUCCGGUCCGAAUGACGAAUCUCCUGCAAAUGUUGAAGCUGCGAAGGAGUGGAGAGAUCGGAGAGACGAUUUCAAGAAAAAGGUGAGCCGCUGUGUGAGAAAGUCACAAGAGAUGCUAUGAAUGAAUAUGACGUGCUACCAAAUGAAGCAUUUUCUCUUCUCUCUGCACAAGUGUGUCGUCAGAGAGGAUGUGUUAAUUGGCAAAGCCUUGGCCCUUGUAGAAUGCCAUUGAUUUUCUCACUUUUAAAAAUAUCUUCAUUUCUUUUUGUUCUUUGUUUUUGUUUUUGUUUUUUGUUUUUUGUUUUUUGUUUUUUGUUUUUUGUAUUUGUUUUUCUUCUCAUUGUCUAGUAAUUGUCAAAACGUGGAACAUCUUUGUAUUCAAUUAGUAUUUGCCCAUUGGAUGAGGAAGUGUUCUUGUCUGGUGCCCUGCCUAGCUCACCUGUCAGCAGAUGUGUGGGUUUCUCGUGGGCCUCACGAGUCUCACAGACGGUGCAAUUGCAGCACUUACGGCAAAGGGCAUAUGAUAUGGCCUAAACCAAAAAGUUUAGAAUGGCUAAUCAAGCUGCCCAAGCUGCAGCAAAGGUGUCAAAUGCGAGGGUGAGUAACGUCCGAUGGAUGUUGCAACCUCCUCCCUCUCUUUUUUCGGUCCUGUCACGCGAUGGCCUUCCCUGCCCACGCUAUCUUUACGACUAGUGUGUCUUGCCCCUUCUUUUAUAUAUGAGAUAGCACCUGUUUUGCUUCUCUGUAAUUGCUUGGAUGGUGUAAGCUUUUGUUUUGUUAUCGUGUACUGUUUCCUCCCCAGCUUUUGGGUGAGAGUUUGCUAUGAAA